UCCGUUUCUGCGCGUGUUUACAAUUGAGGAUCUUAAGGAGCGACUGAUCAGACGGUAGCAUAUGUGUGAUUAAAAUGGAGUGAAUUCCGUCUCGAAUCGCAAUAGCAUAUGUAGAUCAAAAUAUGUUUUGAAAUUCCGUUCUACUUCUUUCUUAAUUCUUUGCUUUUUCUGAGCAGUGGAAAGCUGAUUACAUUUUAAAAAUGGUUAGGUUUCGGUUAGAAGAUAUAUGUCUGUUGUAUAUACGCGAAAAUUUCAAGAUUUUUAAUCAUGCUUAUUUGGUGUCUGAAAAUGAAACCCUGCAGGCGAAUUUGGGAUUCUUGCAGCUUGUAUAUUCAAAUUGUCUGCUAGAGGAUUUGCGUGCAGAACGAAAACUAAGUGAAAAGUACUUGAGAUUUCUAUUCAAUGAACAUUUGACGGAACUGAAUUUCGUAAACUUUAGCAACCGUUGCUUGAAAACCUUUAGGGAUUAUAUUCCGGUUCCUAAGAAUCUCGUUAAAGUGACGUUUGACUGUGAGACGUUAUAUCAGUAUCCUGACUUGACGAGCAAAUUUGAGGACCUGUUGCGAAAUGUGAAGAUUUUGUGCGUAUUAGGUGACUUCGAUGAAUACAAAGGCAUACCUGUCCAUUUUUAUCGAUGUGUUAGUUCAGUUGCUUCAACUAUUUCCAGAUGCUGCGUAAAUCUUGAAGAACUGGACCUUAGUCAAGCAAAAGUUAGUUUUAAAUUACUCAAAAUUCUGUCUCGUAGUUCAUCCGUUGUUCGUUCCCUGCGUGUAUUGCAAUUAGUUAGAAUUCCAGACGAUCGCAACAAAAUACCCUAUAUCAAAACACUUGCACACAUUCUUAGAAAAAUGCCAUUUCUUCAGGUAGUUUCUAGGUUUUAUGUGCCGGAAGCAUUGCAUAUUUUGCACGGGAAGGAUCUCAUUAAGAACAGACUAAAUACUGUUCAGACUUAUUCAUUAACUAAAUUGGAGAUUUAUACUGGUCCGUAUGAAGAGAUCCUAACCAUAUGCACUGUUCUAUGCCCAAAUGUAACAAAAUUGACAAUUACUGUACGUGCGCAAGAACAUUUGCAUUGGUGCAGUAAAUUUCCUAAACUGGAGGCUUUAAAAAUUAUCUGUGGACCAAGGACGCUGAAUCUGAACAACUUGCUGGAAACCAAGGGAAGUGACUUUACAUCCUUGAAACUGGGACUAUGUCUUUCGAUUUCCCUUUCAGUUUUAGCGCGGAAUUGCCAAAAAUUGAGAAAACUACAUUUAGGCUAUACUACUAUGUAUUAUCCAGACACUGACAGCAUCCUAACACUAAAGAGUUUAAAAGAAUUACGAUAUUGUGUGGACAAAAAUUGUCCACACAAUAUAAAAGCUUUAAGUCUGAUAUUGAAUUCAAGCUCAAAUCUAGAGAAUUUAUACUUACUGUAUGUCUGCUCUGACCCGGUGGUGAAUAAUAUGGUUUUGAAAUGUUGUGAGCGAAACACUUUAAAACAUUUGUAUCUACACAGCUCGUCUUAUGACGCGGAUUUCUUGAAGAUAAUUUUAAAAUCCUGCACAUCUCUUCAACGGCUGAGUGUAGGGAAGUUGGGACGUUCGGAUUCAGAGCUUAAAGACCUAACACUAGCUGCGUAUUCCGCAAUAAAUUCGCCUGAAAUUGAAUGGAUUCUGUGUAACUGAUGGAUGUAUCAACUAUCAGUAAAAGAUAGUUAAUCACCAGCAAACGAUAGUGAUUAGAUGGGAUAAUUAGAUGGGAAUUGGAUGAUAUUUUACCAAAACAUUUGAAUAAUAGCUGCCGAAUCUUUUCAGUUUGGGCCUGGUUUCAGAUUGUGGAUAAUGAAAAAGAAGAUUUCCAGCGGCUAAAGAAUGGAUUCUUUUCAAUUUCGUACAUGUGAAAUGGAUGUCAGUUCAAACGUGAUUACAUUUCUGAAUUUGCUGUUUCCAUUCUGAGCUCACAAGUCACGUAAUCCCUUGCUAGAUGUUCUCAUGAUACCUCUUGCUCAGAUGUUACCGUAAUAAAUUUUUACGUAUUUGUGUAUUUGUAUCAAAUAUUAAAUAUUUACUUGUUUUUGA